AGCAUUACUGUCAUGCUACAUAAACUCGAGUUUCUUUCUACGGCGACGCAAGUGGAAUUGAUUUUGGUUAGGAUUAGGGGGUGUAUGUGCUCGAAUAUCAACAGAUCAGCUGUAGUCAGUGUAAAAUCGCCAAUAAAAUGAUCGAAUAAGCGAAUCUCCACCAUGGCUAUGUAUAAGGGCUUUUCCGUUCUUGAAAAAUCUAAGCCUCCUAAUCCCCAUAGUGUCCUAUUGCAACGAAGGGGCAAAGAUGAGACUUUACUUUUCGAAUCCCAAGCUGUGGCUGUCCUUUCCACACCGGAAAUGGAAGUCGUCAAAAAGGAGUACACCAAAAUAUUAGAUGCUUAUGGCUGUUUAGGGGUCCUCCAGCUCUAUUCCGGAGACUCGACAGUCCUAUACCUUGUCAUGGUCACUGGGUGUUUCUCAGUGGGGAAAAUCGGGGAUUCGGAGAUUUUUAGAAUAACACAAACGCAGUUUGUUCCUUUGCACUACCAACAAAACGAGGAUAGAAUAGCCGAAGUGCGCAAAUUGCUCAAUUCUGGAACUUUUUACUUCUCAUGGUACUCUGGGACGCCCGGUGGUAGUCAACUGGACUUGACUUUGUGUGCGCAAAGGCGGCAUAAAACUAUCACAACUGAUCAUAGAUUUUUCUGGAACCGGAUGUUACACGUUCACUUAGUUAGAUUCGGGGUUGAUUGUAAUUCGUGGCUGGUGAGGGCCAUGUGUGGAUCGGUUGAAGUCAGGACGGUCUACGUCGGACACAGGAAGGCUUUAGCUGCUGUUGUUUCGCGCCUAAGCUGUGAAAGAGCCGGGACGAGAUUCAAUGUGAGAGGGAGUAAUGAUGAAGGCCACGUUGCGAAUUUUGUCGAAACGGAGCAAGUUAUUUAUUUAGAAAAUGAAGUGUCUUCGUAUUUGCAGACUAGAGGUUCGGUACCGCUUUUUUGGGAACAACCGGGAGUACAAGUAGGUUCGCAUAAAGUUCGGAUUUCGCGCGGGUAUGAAGCCUCAAAGGCUGCGUUUGAUCGCCACAUGAAGACCAUCAAAGAGAGAUACGGGAAACAGGUCAUUGUCAAUCUUUUGGGCACCAGUUUGAUUGGUAGCAAGGAAGGCGAAGCUACCUUAAGUCAGGAAUUUCAAAAACACCACAAAGAAUCAUGUCAUACCGACAUUCCGCAUAUCGUGUUUGACUACCACCAGGAAUGCCGCGGUGGGAACCAAGCAAAUUUACAAAAACUUAAAGCCAAAGUCGACGAACAAUUACAAGAAUUUUCGUUCUACCACGCAAUUGGGAGUACAAUAUACAGCUUACAAACGGGCACAAUCCGAACAAAUUGUUUAGACUGUUUAGAUAGGACUAAUUGUGUUCAAACGUUUUUCGGGUUAGAGAUUUUAGGCAGACAACUGCAGGCGAUGCAGUUAGUUGAUAAGAAGCAAACCGUUUCGCGGUUUGAGGAGGUUUUCAAGCAAAUGUGGAUCAAUAACGGGAACGAAAUUAGUAAGAUUUACGCCGGGACUGGCGCCAUACAAGGCGGAUCAAAGCUAAUGGAUGGGGCCCGAUCCGCAGCUAGAACAAUCCAGAACAACCUCCUCGACAACUCCAAACAAGAAGCGAUCGACAUUUUGCUCGUGGGCUCCACUCUAUCGACGGAACUUGCCGAUCGGGCACGAACCCUCCUCCCGUAUAACACCCUCCACGCGCCACCCCACGUCCUGCGGGAAAUGUGCAAACGAUACACCGAGUAUACCGACCCUCUCCCUAUACGUAUAGCCGUCGGGACAUACAAUGUCAACGGCGGCAAACACUUCCGCAGUGUCGUGUUCAAAGAUAUCAAACUAUCUGAUUGGUUACUGGACCCUCAUAUAAAAAAUCCCGGAGCGCUAGUCGAUACGGGAUACACCGACGAAAAUAAAUCAAUUCCUGUCGAUAUCUACGCGAUUGGUUUUGAGGAAAUUGUCGAUUUGAACGCCGCCAAUAUCGUUAACACCAGCAGCGAAAACGCGAAGUCUUGGGCGACGGAGUUGCAGAAGGUGUUGUCGCGGGAUCGCCCUUACGUCUUGGUCACAUAUCAGCAAUUAGUUGGGGUGUGCUUGUACGUUUUUGUAAGGCCUGAACAUGUGCCUUACAUCCGCGACGUUGCGGUCGACUCGGUUAAAACCGGUCUAGGCGGGCAUACGGGCAAUAAGGGGGCCGCUGCCAUCAGACUGGUGUUUCACGCAACGUCUUUGUGCUUCGUUUGUGCACAUUUUGCAGCCGGACAGUCGCAAGUUAGCGAGAGAAAUGCCGAUUAUAAUGAAAUUACGCGGAAAAUUACGUUCCCGAUGAGCCGGUCUUUGAAUUCGCACGAGUAUUUAUUUUGGUGUGGCGACUUUAACUACAGAGUUGACAUGGAUAAAGAUGAAAUAAAGGAAUCAGUAAAGUUGGGUGACUAUGACCGGAUUCUAGAGAAUGACCAACUGAUGAAACAACAACAAGAAGGAAACGUGUUUAAGGAUUUUACUGAAGGAAAAAUUACGUUUCCGCCUACGUACAAGUAUGAUUUAUUUAGCGACGAUUAUGACACUAGUGAAAAGUGUCGAGCACCAGCGUGGACAGACCGUGUUCUUUGGCGGAGACGCAAGCAAUCUUUAGCUAUUACAAGUCAAUUAGAAGAUUCAAAUCCUGGUAAAUUAGUGUUCUAUGGCCGCGCCGAAUUGAAACAAAGUGACCAUAGACCGGUUAUCGCAAUUAUCGAUAUAACCGCUCGAAAAAUUGAUGAAACGAAGCGACAAAAUAUGUUUUACGAAGUAAUAGCUGACAUGGGGCCUCCUGAUGGUACUAUAAUAGUCCAUUAUGAGGACUCGUCUCAAAACGAUGAAGUUUUCGACGACCAACUUGUCGCAACACUUCUGGACGACUUCACUCAAUUUGGUGAAGCGAUUUUGGUGCGAUUCAUCGCCGAUACCAUGUGGAUCACUUUCCGGGACGGCCAAUCCGUACUCAAAAUUAUGAACAAGACGCAAGGACGGAUUCCCGAAUAUAACUUAACCCUAUCAUUGAAAACCCCUAACUGGGUGGAGCAAGCGAAGGAGGAGGUUGGUCUGUGCUCCAGCAACACCGUCCCCUUGUACACCUCCCCCACCCAGUCCGACUACAACUGUUUAGGCAUUCCAGAAGUGAAGGCGUCUCGGUCGGGGGCGCCUCCCAGCCGCCCCCCGCCGCCGUCGGUGAAGUCCCCGGCGACGCCCAAGCGGCCGCCCCCCAGAGUGGGGGUGAUAAGCCUCCCGACGGCGAAUUCAUCCGCACCCCCUAGUAUGCCGCCCCCUGAAUUGCCAGAGGACACCGGUAUUUACGAAGAGAUCAACGACGAUAUUGUGAGCGCGCCUGAGCCGCAAGGGCCGCCGCCGCCGCCCCCACGGCCGGAACCGGCGCCUCCUACGCCACAAAGAGAACCGCCCCCUGUACCUGCCCGGUCCGCACCGCCCCCUCCUCUUCCUGCGCGGCCACGUCAAUAAGUUUUCCUAGUCAGAUCAAAGUUUGCGUUUCCGUGGCCGCGAGGUAAAAUUCUGGUUUCUUUUCUUGCCUUAGACUGUGACUGUAGCUUGGCUGUUAUUAGAUGUUAUUAGUUUUCUUGCUUCGGAUUUGUUUAGUUCCUAUUUUCUAUGAAAUGACUGCUAGGGAACAUUCCAUAUUAUUUAUUAUUGUUGAUAAUCAAAACGCGGCGAGCACAAGUUGUAACAGCAAAUUCAAGAAUUAGUGCUUUAUGUGUUUUGGAAAACUAGUUUAUGUUGCGUGUUAAGAAUUUCAGAUAAUUCUAUUGAAAUUUUACUGUUGCUUAUUGUUUUCUACUAAAUAGUUUAAAACACAUAAGCAAAUAAAAGAUAUUUAGAAUACACAGAUGCUGCAUUUGCAUCCAAUAUGCUGUAAAACAUGUUGAUAUUUAGAAAAUUUUCAUGUAAAUGUUUAUAUCAUUUGUUUAAAUUUAUAUUUAGUAUUGUUCUUUUCUUAGUAUUAAAUAAACCGAUUAUCAAAAGUAUAAAA